UGACCCUGCUCCGCGAAGUUGGUUUUAGUUGAACUGUCUUGAAGUCCCUGUAGAUGAUUUAGAUGUACACCCCUGCUUAUAUUUUUACAAUAAGGAGUAUAUGUGUAUUAAUUUCACACAUCGUGGCGCAACACUGAUUAUGUUCCUUCCUCCGUCAUUGUUCGUAACCGUUCAUAACGGUUCACAAUGCACAAGACAUGGCAUGUAGAUCGUGUAGAUACUCGGAGGAAAAUGCGAAAAUGAUCCAAGUGGGUUGGAAUCGUUGGGAUUAAGAAACAUGUGAAGCGUGUUAGUGUAACGGUACAAAUUCGUGGUUGUAAGCGAUAUAUUUUGCACAUAAUGCAUUUGUAAGAAAGGAGCCAAAUUGAAUUCGGAUAUGAGUUGUAGGGUGCUGAUAAUUACUUUCUUUUUGAAGAGAAUGAAGUUACAAAGUGCAAGACAUCGUGUAAUUGACCGUUGUGUUUUUGGUUAUAACACCUGGUGGUCGGCAAUGAAGCCUUCACUCAUUUUGUAAAAUUGAUGCAGAUUUGCUUGAAACAUCUGCAUAAUAUGGAAAUAAUGAACGUGAAAUGUGGUUCAGAUAAAGAAAUGGAUCCAUCGUCUUCAGAUUGUGAAUUUGAGCCUCAUAGUAUAGAUGGUGACCUCAUUCAGAACAUAUAACACUGCCAGCAUUUCAUACAGUGAAGAUGGAAUUCAGGAAGAAUAUGAUUAUAAAGAAAGAGGAACCAAAUUCUGAUAGUGAGACCCAAAUAUCUUCUUUCACAGAAUAUGAAGCCACUGAUAUAAAAGAUGAAGAGAUUUCUGUUACAGCAUCAUCUUCUGGCUUGAAGAGUGAAGCUAGUUUUAUCGUCAAUAUGAACACAGAAAGGCCACAGACAAACGUUGAGGAUCAGCAGAUGUUUUCACUGAGUGAAAAUGAGGCUAUCUGUGUCAAACAGGAAGAGGACCCCUGUACAGAAAUACUUCCAGACUUGGAUGGUGAAGAAAAUUUGCAGGAAUUUAUGACAAUAAAACAAGAUUUACAAAAUCAACUCAUGGUGAAACAUGAAGUAAUUGUCAGCAACGAGAGCCACUUGAUAAUGCAGCAAGAUGACUCUACUGUAGAUCUCGGCAAUUUAUCGUCAGAAGCUAACACAGAUACUGCAUUGCAGCAGGUUUGUAAAGAAACACAUGAAGGCCAGCAUUUUAAGGAAUGCAUAAGUGGAACACUUGAGAAAGACAAAAAUUCUAUGCAUCAUGAAGGUGAUACAUCCUACACAGAAGUCUGGCUUAAGUGUGAUACUUGCAACAGGUCUUGUGCAACACAUCUUGAGCUAACUGGACAUGGAUGUAACCAUACCCAAGAGAAAGCAUUCAGGUCUGGAAUAUGUAAUAAAUGUUUCAUAAAUUCUGGUAAUCUUAUGAAACAUAGAAAUACUAACAAAGGAAUAAAAUAUUUUGAAUGUGAGAAGUGUAGCCGGAGUUUCAUAAAGGAAAGUCUGCUAACCUAUCACAUGUAUACCCAUACUGGAGAAAAACCGUUUAAAUGUGAACUAUGCAACAAAUGUUUUAAUAGACCUUCCUCUUUGAAGUCCCACAUUCGUACUCAUACAGGAGAGAAACAUUUCAAAUGUGAAAAAUGUAGCAAGCGCUUCUCACAAGGAUCACAUCUAUCCAGUCAUAAACGGAUACAUACAGGAGAAAAGCCAUUCACAUGUGAAACGUGCGCAGAAAGCUUUGCAAGGCGCGAGCUUUUGACAUCACAUAUAUACAGCCAUAGCGGAAUAAACCCCUUUAGUUGUGAAAUCUGUAACAAAUCUUUUUCAAGGCAGUCUGGUCUUAGAUUGCACAAACGUACACAUACAGGUGAGAAACCGUACGUGUGUGAGAUAUGCAGCAAGUGCUUCUCAGCAUCUAGUACGCUCGCUUUGCACAAACGUACUCACACUGGAGAAAAAUGCUUCACAUGUGAAACGUGCAACAAGAGUUUCUCGAGAAGAGAUAUAUUGAUGUGUCACUUGUAUACACAUACAGAUGAGCGACCAUUUCAAUGUGAAUUAUGCAACAAAGGUUUUUAUAAACGUCAUUUACUUGAGUCCCACAUUCGUGUCCAUACAGGAGAGAAACCGUUCAGAUGUGACGUUUGUAACAAAUGUUUCUCGAAAAGAGUUUAUCUGUUAACUCACAAUCGUAUUCAUACCGGUGAGAAGCCAUACAGGUGUGAGACAUGUAACAAGUGUUUUGCACGACGUCAGUACGUCUUGAGCCACAUGCCCACACACAGAAACAUGUCAAAUGUGUACAUAAGCAGGGUCUGAAACCUAAUAUAACUACAUUAACAUUUUUCUAGUCAUAAAUUUAAAGGCAUUUAUGAGUUUCCAUUUGUAUAAACGUUUGCUAACAGUGGUACCUGGUAUCGUUAAAUUGAAAUAUAUGUUACAAGGGUUGGAUAAAAAGUAGUGUCAACACUGCUGUAACAUGAAAGAUUUGGCUCAGGUGGCACUAGUGCCAUCUGUAGCUGAUAGCAGAAGUUCAGUUGAAGUAGUGCAGUGAGUGGCUCUGGUUAUGUUUCAUUCAGUUGCAUUGUGCAUCGUCUUGAAGUGCAGGAGCCCAGUUCAAGCGCCCUAAGAACAUGUUUACGAGACAAGAACAAUGCUCCUGGAUACAAAAUUGAAGCUGCAAGAGGUCGUAGUGCACAAAACUGUUAUCAGGGACUGCAAGAAGCAUGUUGCUUUGCCAUAUCGCACAGUGGCAUGA